AUGAAAAUGUCCCUCGCCCAGAGAGUUCUCCUGACAUGGAUCUUCACGUUGAUCUUCCUCAUUAUGCUGGUCCUGAAGCUGGACGAGAAAAUCCACUGGAGCUGGUUCCUUAUCUUCCUUCCUGUCUGGACCUUCGAUGUCAUUCUCCUCCUCAUGCUCAUUGUCAAAAUGGCAGGCCGCUGCAAGCCGGUGUUCGACCCUCGCAACGGGGCAGAGAACUUAAAGAAGCGUGUGUGGUACCUCGUGGCCAUGCUGCUUAAACUGGCGUUCUGUCUGAUGCUGUGUGCCAAACUAGAAAGACUAAUGGAUGUGUUGGUGAGCUCGGUGUGCGUACCGCUGUGGGCACUGCUAAUAGGGGCAUUGGUGGAGCUGGGGUACAACGUUUUUCACUUCAGAAGAGACUGAGCGUGUAAACGGUACUUUUAAAGGAGAGAUGCAAGCUAUGAUUCAGAUCAUCUUUACUGUGUUUAUAAAAUCAUCUUUAAAAUACAUGCUGUAUGUCAUUUAUGAAGAAGAGAUGUUUUUUUUUCAGGAAUUGCUUGUAUGUUACAGGCUGAAUGAUGACUAUGCUGAAUUGCCUGCAUGUUUAUAUUAUUGCUGCAGGGAGGUUUAUGGAUUUCGGUGGCGAGUUUCCGCUCAGGUGACAGAAAUGAUUUUAUUGUGAAUGUUGAUUGUAUUUAUUACAUUUUAGUUAAACACUGAGAUCGUUAGUGACGUACCUCUCUAAACUAUUGGACCGUUAAAAAAGCAGUUACAUACUGUUUCUUUCAACUAGUACUGUAACAAAACAUGAAAAGAUGUGUUCUACCAUAAUGGUGUAUAUUUAUGUCUGUCUUUCGAUAUCAUACGCUUGCAUUGCACAAUAACGAAAUUUUUAUUUUCUCUUUUUGUCAAAAUGUGUAAAUAAUAAAACAAUAAUAGCAAUGUUUUUGGCAUUAAAUAAAUAUGCAUUUAACAUUUCUUA